GCACGCCGCAACGCUCGUUCUGCAGGGAUUCCCCUGGCCCCAGCAUCAUGGCAAAGGACAACGGCAUCUCGUCGCCGCUCCCAGCGUCGAAGCUGGGGGAGUACACGGUCAUCAAGGACAUUGCUGAGGGAACGUUCGGCAAAGUCAAGAUGGCCAUGCACACCGUUACGGGCCACAAGGUUGCCAUGAAGUUCAUCUCGAAGCAGGUGAUACAUGCGACGAGGACGAAGACGAGGGUGCAGCGGGAGGUCGAGUAUAUGCGCACGCUACGGCACCCCCACAUCAUCAAGCUAUACGAAGUUAUCUCUACGCCGACGGACAUCAUUAUCGUGCUGGAAUACGCCGGGGGAGAGCUCUUCAACUACAUAGUCGCCAACGGUCGCAUGCCCGAGCCGCAAGCACGCCGUUUCUUCCAGCAAAUCAUGUCCGGCAUCGAGUACAGUCACCGGCUCAAGAUCGUCCACCGGGACCUCAAGCCCGAGAAUGUCCUCCUGGACGACGACCUCAACGUCAAGAUCGCCGACUUUGGCCUCUCGAACGAGAUCAAGGAUGGCGACUUUCUCAAGACCAGCUGCGGCAGUCCGAACUACGCCGCGCCCGAGGUGAUUAGGGGCGGGCUGUACACGGGACCGGAGAUUGACGUCUGGAGCUGCGGGGUUAUUCUGUAUGUAAUGCUCUGCGGAAGGCUGCCGUUCGAGGACGACGACGUGCAGAUGCUGUUUACCAAGAUCAGCCAGGGCACCUAUCAUAUGCCUUCCUACCUCUCCCCCGACGCCCGAGGCCUAAUCAACGGUAUGCUCGCCGUCGACCCCGUCAAACGCAUCACCGUACCCGAAAUUCUCCAGCACCCCUUCUUCACCACCGACCUCCCGCGAUACCUGCAGCCGCUACCACCCCCGCCCGGACCUGUACUAGGGACGUUAUCGUCUCUUGUCGUCCCGCCUAAGCAGCUCGACUUCGAGAUCAUCGAAGGGCUGGGUAGGAUCGAGGAGGAUGUCGUCGAAGAGCUGGCGCACCGGAUGGAGGGUGUCGACAAGGAGGAUGUAUGGGAGUGCCUACGGCGAGAUGACGGGCCCCAGGGAAAUGCUGUCAAGGUCGCGUACAUGCUGCUUCGGGAUAAGAAGCGGCUGGGGAAGAACUUGGCGGAAUUCGAGGAGCAGGAACGGGACGCUCAGUUGGUUGCUAUGGACCCCAGAUACCCCUUAUCCCCCAACGUCCUCUCGCCAGCCCAAGAGCUCGACGAAAACCCCUUCGAGUCCGAGUUUAACUCGUACGACGAGGACGAAGAGAUCGACGAAUCCGGCCUCGACUUCUCCACACCUGAGACGGAAGUGAACAACUUCGCCGUUCUCAACUCCUCCCUGCCCGACCAACUCCCGGAGCAGCACCACCUCGCCUCGUACGCGAGCGCGAAGCGGUCGUGGCCGCUCAAGGAGAAGAAGCAGCACCGGACAAAGUGGCAUUUUGGCAUCCGCAGCCGGUCUCCGCCGAUGGAGGUGAUGCUGGAGAUCUACCGGACGCUGAAGGCGCUCGGGAUGGAGUGGAAGGAGAAGAAGGACCUGGGUGGGCUCGGCGGGGUUGGGGUGAGGAAGCGGCGGAGCGGGGAGAAGAUCCGCAUCGACCGUUCAACGCAUCUGGAUGGCACCGGGUACGUGGAUUUGAAGAAGGCCGCGUCUAUUUAUUUUGUAGAGACGAGGGCGAGAGUCGGGGACGUCGUGGUUCUGAUGAAUCUCCAGCUGUACAUGGUCGACUCGAUUAACUACCUGGUAGACUUCCACCACAAAAAGUCGUACAAGGCUUCGACGGAGCCAGGCGCCGGCAAGUUCGACAUGGCCAACCCCGACGCGAGCCUCUCGGACACGGCUUCCGAGUCAAACCGGUCGAUCAGCGCCAAGGACUGCAAAGAAGAGGAGGUCGUGUCGCCGUUUGUCUUCAUGGACGUUGCCUGCAGGUUGAUUCUGGAGCUCGCGGGUGGGGGCGAGUGAUUCGCUGGUCGCUUUCGGUUGUAUGUGUGUAUUAUAGUAUGUGCUUCCUUGCUGUCUGUAUGCUAGAUCUCUUUGCUUGCUUGCUGUGCUCUGAUAAUGUAUUGCUUUCUGCUCACGGGUAUUGGAGGUCCUGUAGGUCGAGGACAAGGGUCUUUGGUCGCUCUGUCUCGUUAGACUCGGGUUCCCGUCUUUGUAUUAAGCGUCC